CGGCGCGUGCGCGUCCGUUGAUCUUUCAGACCGCAGCGUUUCCAACCAGAUCUAGAACAUGGCUGACGUGACAGCGGUGGACGGAGAGAAACUCAGCAAAAAGUGUAUUCGCAGACUGUCGUAGCUCAGCAUGCUGUGCCUGGUCAGGGCAGCCAGGCAGCAUCUGUGCCAAGCCUUUGUGGUCAGGGGACAGUGGUUAAAAUGUGCAUCCCCAUGUACAGCUGCACUCCCAGCUCAAAUGUACGGGAACCGGUGGAGAGGUGACAAAAGUGAGCUGAAGAGACGAAUGAAAGCUGAAAAGAAGGCGGCUGAGAAAGAAGCUAAGGUGAAAGAGCAGGUAGAGCAAAAGAAGGAGUCCAAUGACCAAGGGGCGGCACAAGAUGCCUGUGGGAUGGACGAGGAGACACUUGACCCAAAUCAAUACUUCAAGAUCCGCUCCCAGGCCAUCCAGGACUUGAAGGGUACAGCGGAGGACCCAUACCCGCACAAGUAUCAUGUGGACUUGUCACUCACAGAGUUCAUUGAGAAAUACAAUCAUCUACAGCCUGGAGACCAGCUGACUGACGUUGUCAAUGUGUCAGGCCGUGUCCAUGCCAAGAGGGUUUCUGGUGCCAAGCUGCUUUUCUACGACCUGCGAGGUGAAGGCGUCAAGUUGCAAGUCAUGGCAAACUCAAGAAACUACAAGUCUGAGGAAGCCUUUGUAGCCAUCAACAACAAACUGCGCCGUGGUGAUAUCAUCGGUGUCCGCGGUAACCCAGGGAAGACAAAAAAGGGGGAGCUGAGUAUCAUUCCCAUCGAGUUGACCCUACUGUCACCAUGUUUGCACAUGUUGCCUCACCUCCACUUUGGCCUCAAAGACAAGGAAACACGAUUCCGCCAGCGGUAUUUGGAUCUGAUUCUCAAUGACUAUGUGAGGCAGAAGUUUAUAACUCGCGCCAAAAUCAUCACAUACCUGCGCAGCUUCCUGGACCAGCUGGGAUUUUUGGAGAUUGAGACUCCAAUGAUGAACAUUAUUCCUGGUGGAGCAGUGGCCCGUCCAUUUGUUACCUACCACAAUGAGCUGGAUAUGAACCUGUUCAUGAGGAUCGCGCCUGAGCUCUACCACAAGAUGCUUGUGGUUGGUGGAAUAGACAGAGUGUAUGAGGUCGGUCGUCAGUUCAGGAAUGAGGGCAUCGAUCUUACUCAUAAUCCAGAGUUCACCACCUGUGAAUUCUACAUGGCUUAUGCUGAUUACUAUGACUUGAUGGAGAUAACAGAGAAACUACUCUCAGGCAUGGUGAAGCACAUCACUGGAGGAUACAAGGUGACUUAUCACCCUGAUGGUCCAGAGGGACAGGCCUAUGAGAUCGACUUCACUCCACCAUUCAAAAGAGUGAGCAUGACUCACGACCUAGAAAAGAUUAUGGGAGUCAAAUUCCCUCCCACUGACAGCUACGACAGUGAUGAGACACGUAAAUUCUUUGACGACCUGUGUACACAGAAAGGAGUAGAAUGUCCAUCACCCAGAACCACUGCCCGCCUCCUUGACAAGUUGGUUGGAGAUUUCCUUGAGGUCACCUGUAUCAACCCCACAUUCAUCUGUGAUCACCCUCAAAUCAUGAGUCCCUUAGCAAAAUGGCAUAGAUCGCAGAAAGGCCUCACGGAGCGUUUUGAGCUCUUUGUGAUGAAGAAGGAAAUCUGCAAUGCCUACACUGAGUUGAAUGAUCCGAUUAGACAGAGGGAGCUUUUCGAGCAGCAAGCCAAGGCCAAAGCCGAAGGUGAUGAUGAAGCCAUGUUCAUUGAUGAGACCUUCUGCACAGCACUGGAAUACGGACUGCCACCGACUGCCGGUUGGGGGAUGGGUAUCGAUCGUCUCACCAUGUUCCUCACUGACUCCAACAACAUCAAGGAGGUGUUGCUCUUCCCAGCCAUGAAACCUGACGACAAAAAGACAUCAGCACCCACAGAGGGCACCUCCGUCUAACGACCUCGUGAAGGAGUCCGUAUGAAGUAGGAGCAUUUUUACCUCACUGUGGUCAUCAGUGGAGCCUGCAGGUUUUGUGUGUUAUCAAUGUUACUCUGUCUUUUUGAUCUUUGCUGCCAUUAAGGGAAAUCAUCUUGUUUCAGUUACAUGGUCGACGAGUAAACAAUGACGAAUGCUUUUUUCUUGUCUUUUGUAUUUCUUAUCACAUUUGCUGCGUCCUCGUUUGAGUGUAAAGAGACAUUUUAAUCCUCAGUCAUCCAGACCGUGAAUGGAUGGUAUUUGAUCAGGAAGUCAUUUGUGAUCUGCUGUUGUAUGCCGACCUGAAUGAAAUAUUUUUGAAUAUACCAUGAGAUUCUUCAAGGGGUCCUUGAUUCUGGCUACCAAAUAAACACAGGAUAAUAGGCCACAUAAUAGCAAUACUUAAGCACCUCUUGAUGUUGUAAGUGUUCUCAGUAUAUUCAUCGUUUUUUUAUCAGGUCAGCUUGUAUUCCUUGUCUGACAUUUUUCAAGAUCCGGCAAUUUCAUUAUUCCUCUGCCAAGAAGUUUAAACAUGAUUUUGUCUGAAUAAAAUGCAUAUGAAUCUACAUUU